AUGGUUUCAUUCUGGAAACAAGUGUUUAUAGCCUGUGGAGUCGCAAGUUCUGGUGGUAAAGAAGACCUUUACCGCAAACCCAAAACUGGAAUGUGGCAAUUCAUGAAGAAGCAUUUUAAUUCUGGAAAUGAAAUUGAUAUGGAUAAAUCUUUCUAUGUUGGGGAUGCAACAGGAAGUAAAGGCGAUCACAGUGACGCAGAUAUAAAAUUUGCAGAGGCAAAUGGAUUGAAGUUUUACACCCCAGAGGAGUACUUUAUCUCUUGA